ACUAAUGCUUGAAGAAUUCCGUUGGCUCACCUAAAUCUGCUGCAAGCAAUUCCCCUCAUAUAAAAUAGAUGCACGGAGUGGCGGGAACCAGAAGCCCUCCAGUCGGUGGAAGGGAUAGUGGUGUGAUAGUGGUGGUGCUGGAGAGUGUGUCGUAGGAAAAUCCCAGACCAAGGCGUGAAUCUCAUUUCGACAACUUAUAAACCAGCGCCACCAUGCCCGGCCACGUCGUGAAGAGCACGGGUCCCGACCCCGACCCCACCGAGUUCCUGUUCAUCUCGGCUGAACAGCGAAUGCUCGACCAGACCAAGCCUUAUGAUCCCAAGAAGUCUUGCUGGGUCCCUGACGAUAAGGAGGGCUUCGCUGAGGGCUUGAUCCAGGGCGCCAAGGGUGACAAACUAGUCAGCGUCCAGCUGAAGAGCGGUGAGGUCAAGGACUUCAAGAAGGAAACCGUAGUUCAGGUCAACCCUCCCAAGUACGAAAAGUGCGAAGAUGUGUCCAACUUGACCUUCCUCAAUGAUGCUUCUGUUCUGUACAACUUGAAGAGCCGUUACCAGGCCAAGCUCAUCUACACCUACUCUGGCCUCUUCUGUAUUGUCAUCAACCCCUACAAGCGUUACCCCAUCUACACCAACCGCACCGUCAAGAUCUACCAGGGCAAGAGGCGUAAUGAGGUGCCUCCCCAUCUCUUCGCCAUCUCCGACGGCGCCUACAUGGAUAUGUUGCAAUCUCAGCUGAAUCAGUCGAUGCUUAUCACCGGCGAAUCUGGCGCCGGCAAGACAGAGAACACUAAGAAGGUGCUGUCCUACUUCGCCAACGUCGGCGCCACCUCCAAGAAGAAGGAUGAUGAGAACAAACCGAACUUGGAGGACCAGAUCGUGCAGACCAACCCUCCCCUGGAGGCUUACGGUAAUGCCAAAACCACCCGUAAUGACAACUCUUCUCGUUUCGGUAAGUUCAUCCGCAUCCACUUCGCCCCCAACGGCAAGCUCUCCGGUGCUGACAUCGAGGUGUACCUGCUGGAGAAGGCUCGCGUCGUGUCCCAGGCCCCUGCCGAGCGUGGCUACCAUAUCUUCUACCAGAUGAUGUCCGAUCAAGUAGAUUAUUUAAAGAAGCUGUGUCGUCUUUCGGACGACAUUUACGACUACCGCUACGAGAGCCAGGGCAAGGUCACUGUGCCUUCCAUUGACGACAAAGAGGACAUGGAAUUCACACAUAAUGCUUUCACCAUCUUGAAUUUCACUAACGACGAACGUGACAGCUGCUACCAGAUCACUGCCGCUGUCAUGCACCAUGGCAACAUGAAGUUCAAGCAGAGGGGUCGCGAGGAGCAGGCUGAGCCCGACGGCACAGAUGCCGGUGAGAUUGUCGCUGACCUUAUGGGUGUUGAGACUGAGGAAAUGUACAGGAAUUUCUGUAAGCCCAAGAUCAAGGUCGGUGCCGAGUUCGUCACCCAGGGUAGGAAUGUCGACCAGGUCUACUAUUCCAUUAGUGCUAUGGCCAAGGGCUUGUUCGACCGUCUCUUCAAGUGGAUUGUGAAGAAGUGUAACCAGACCCUCGAGACCGGCAUGAAGCGUGCCAUGUUCAUUGGUGUGCUCGAUAUUGCCGGCUUCGAGAUCUUCGACUUCAACGGUUUCGAGCAGAUCUGCAUCAAUUUCUGUAACGAGAAGUUGCAGCAGUUCUUCAACCACCACAUGUUCGUGCUUGAGCAAGAGGAGUACAAGGCCGAGGGCAUUGACUGGGUCUUUGUCGACUUCGGUAUGGAUCUGCAGGCUUGCAUUGAGCUCUUCGAAAAGAAACUUGGCCUUCUCGCCAUUCUAGAAGAAGAGUCUAUGUUCCCCAAAGCCACCGACAAGUCGUUUGAGGAGAAGUUGAAGGCGAACCAUCUGGGCAAGUCUCCCUGCUUCAUCAAGCCGAAGCCUCCCAAGGCAGGCCAGGCUGAGGGUCACUUCGCCAUUGUUCACUACGCCGGCACUGUGACUUACAACCUGAGUGGCUGGCUGGAGAAGAACAAGGACCCCCUCAACGACACCGUCGUCGACCAGCUUAAGAAGUCCAAAUUGCCUCUUGUUGUGGAGCUCUUCGCCGAUCACCCCGGCCAGUCUGCUCCCGCUGACGCCAAGGGAGGCAAGAAGAAGAAGACUGGAGGUUUUAAGACUGUAUCUUCUGGCUAUAGGGAGCAGUUGAACAGCCUCAUGACAACCCUUCACUCCACUCACCCCCACUUCGUCCGUUGCAUUGUGCCCAACGAGACCAAGUCCCCAGGUGUCGUGGAGGCUGGCCUCAUCAUGCAUCAGCUGACUUGCAAUGGUGUACUUGAGGGUAUUCGUAUUUGCCAGAAGGGCUUCCCCAACAGGAUGCAAUACCCUGACUUCAAACAUCGUUACAAGAUUUUGGCUGCUGAUGUCAUGGCCACAGAAAAGGAUGACAGGAAGGCAGCAGAAUUGACAUUCCAGAAAUCUGGGCUUGAUAAGGAGCUAUAUAGGUGCGGUAAGACAAAGGUAUUCUUCCGUGCUGGUGUCCUGGGUACCAUGGAAGAGCUUCGUGAUGAACGUUUGGCUAAAAUCAUCACUUGGAUGCAGUCAUGGAUUCGUGGUCUGAUUGGACGAAAGGAAUAUGGCCGUCUUCAGGAACAACGUGUAUCCCUUGUGGUUCUGCAGCGGAACAUUCGCAAGUAUAUUGCCAUGAGCAACUGGUCUUGGUUCAUCUUCUGGCAGAAGGUGAAGCCCCUCAUCAACCAGCCAAGGCUUGAGGACGAGAUCAACAAGCUCAAGGACAGGGCUGAGAAGGCUGUUGCAGACUUGGAUCGCGAAACUACUCGCCGCAAGGAGCUGGAGGAUUCCAAUGUAAGCCUUGCCGAAGAGCUGAAUACCCUGAAGGUUACCCUCGAAUCCACAAAGGGCAAUGUUUCCAAAUUCAUUGAAGAACAGGCCAAGAUUAGCGCAGCCAAAGCUGACUUGGAGGCUCAGCUCACUGAUGCUACUGCAAAGCUUCAGAAAGAAGAGGAAAGUCGCACUGAAAUGUUCCAGUUGAAGAGGAAAGCAGAGCAAGAUGUCAAUGCCAUGAGGAAAGACCUGGAAGACUUUGAACUUAAUGUCCAAAAGACUAACCAGGAUAAGGCUACCAAGGAUCAUCAGAUCAGGAAUAUCAAUGAUGAGAUCGCCCACCAGGAUGAAAUCAUCAACAAGGUUAACAAGGAAAAGAAACUGCUGCAGGAGAUGAAUCAAAAGACUGCUGAGGAUCUCCAGGCCGUCGAAGAGAAGGCUAGCCACCUCAACAAGAUCAAGGCCAAGUUGGAACAAACCCUUGACGAACUCGAGAGUUCCGUUGGACGCGAGAAGAAGCUUCGUGCCGAAAUUGAGAGGUCCAAGAGGAAGGUCGAGGGAGAUCUUAAAAUGACCCAGGAAACUGUUGCUGACAUCGAGCGCCAGCACAAGGACCUGGAGCAAACCAUCCAGCGCAAGGACAAGGAUAUCGGCAAUCUUGCCAAUAAGCUAGAGGAGGAACAAGGAGUUGUUUCGAAGGUACAGAAGACAAUCAAAGAAAUGCAAGCCCGCAUUGAGGAACUGGAGACUGAAGCAGAGCACGAGCGACAGGCUCGUGCCAAGGCCGAGAAGGGCAAGGGUAAUAUGAGCCGUGAACUCAAUGACCUCAAUGAACGUCUGGAUGAGGCAGGAGGUGCAACUGGUGCUCAGAUGGAACUCAACAAGAAGCGGGAGGCAGAGCUUGGCAAGCUUCGUCGUGACCUCGAGGAAGCCAACAUCCAACACGAAUCAGCUCUUGCUAAUCUCCGCAAGAAGCACAAUGAUGCUGUUGCCGAGAUGACUGAACAGAUCGAUCAUCUCAACAAGAUGAAGGCCAAAACUGAAAAGGAAAAGGAGAUGAUGAAAUAUCAGGCCGAUGAAGCUAAAUCAGCCAUGGAUAGUCUCGCUCGUGACAAGGCACUUGCCGAGAAAGCGAACAAGACUAUUCAGCAGCAAAUCAAUGAAGUGAAUGUGAAGAUGGAUGAAGCUAACCGCACUCUGAACGACUUCGAUGCCCAGAAGAAGAAGCUCUCUGUUGAGAAUGGAGACCUUCUGCGACAGUUGGAGGAAGCUGAUAAUCAGAUUAAUCAGCUAAACAAUCUGAAGGUGUCUCUUACCACUCAGCUGGAAGAUACUAAGAAAAUGGUUGAUGAUGAAUCUAGGGAGCGCAGCGUUCUUCUUGGCAAGUUCCGCAACUUGGAGCAUGAUCUGGAUGGUCUUCGUGAGCAGCUUGAUGAAGAGUGUGAAGCCAAGGCUGAUGCCAACCGCCAGCUGUCCAAGGCUCAUGCUGAAGCUCAGAUGUGGCGCUCGAAGUAUGAAUCUGAGGGCGUUGCCCGUGCUGAGGAGAUCGAAGCUGCCCGCCUGAAGCUUGCUGCUCGCCUCGAGGAAGCUGAGCUGCAGAUUGAACAACUCAAUGUCAAGAAUAUGCAGCUGGAGAAGGCCAAGGGACGCAUCAUUACCGAAAUCGACGAGAUGCAGAUGCAGGUAGAGCGUGCCCAGGGACUGGCUAAUGCUGCUGAGAGGAGGCAGAAGGACUUCGACAGGGUUGUUAAUGAGUGGAAGAUCAAGGUUGACCAACUGGCCACUGAACUUGAUGCUUCCCAGAAGGAAUGUCGUCAGUACUCCACUGAGCACUUCCGUAUCAAAGCUGUGUAUGAGGAAAACCUGGAACAUCUGGACUCUGUUCGUCGUGAGAACAAGGGUCUCGCUGAGGAGAUCAAGGACUUGAUGGAGCAGAUCAGCGAAGGUGGCCGUUCUCUUCAUGAGAUUGAAAAGAACGCCAAGCGUUUCGAGAUCGAGAAGGAGGAGCUCCAGGCUGCUCUUGAGGAGGCCGAGGCUGCCCUUGAACAGGAAGAGAACAAGGUUCUUCGUGGUCAGUUGGAGCUGAGCCAAGUCAGGCAGGAGAUUGAUAAGCGCAUUCAGGAAAAGGAAGAAGAGUUUGAUGCCACUCGUAAAUGUCACCAACGUGCAAUCGAAUCCAUGCAAGCCUCACUUGAAGCAGAAGCUAAGAGCAAGGCUGAGGCCCUCCGCAUGAAGAAGAAGCUUGAGUCUGACAUUGGUGAGCUGGAGAUUGCUCUGGAUCACGCUAACAAGGCCAAUGCUGACAUUCAGAAGCAGGUGAAGAAGGCUCAGGCCGAGAUGAAGGACAUGCAGGCUCGUGUGGAGGAGGAGCAGCGUCUUGCUUCUGAGUAUCGCGAGCAGUGCAGCGCCUCUGAGCGUAAGGCUAAUGCUGUCAAUGGUGAACUGGAGGAAUCCCGCACCCUUCUGGAGCAGUCUGAUCGCGGACGUCGCCAGGCUGAAUCCGAGCUUGCUGAUGCUAAUGAGUCCCUCAGCCACCUUACAGCUCAGCAUGGAUCACUCUCCAUGGCGAAGAGGAAGCUUGAGGGCGAGAUUCAGACUCUGCAUGCUGAACUUGAUGACAUGCUGAACGAGGCCAAGAACUCUGAGGACAAGGCCAAGAAGGCCAUGGUUGAUGCUGCUCGUCUGGCUGAUGAACUCCGAGCUGAGCAAGAACAUGCCCAAACCCAGGAGAAGAUGCGCAAGGGUCUCGAUUUGUCUGUCAAGGAUCUCCAGGCUCGCCUGGAUGAAUUCGAGUCUUCAGCUCACAAGACUGGCAAGAAGGCCCUCGCUAAGCUGGAAGCUCGCAUCCGCGAACUGGAGAAUCAGCUGGACGACGAGAGUCGCCGUCAUGCCGACGCCCAGAAGAACCUGAGGAAGUGCGAGAGGCGCAUCAAGGAGCUCAGCUUCCAGUCCGACGAGGACAAGAAGAACCACGAGAGGAUGCAGGACCUGGUCGACAAGCUCCAGCAGAAGAUCAAGACCUACAAGCGCCAGAUCGAGGAGGCUGAGGAGAUCGCCGCCCUCAACCUGGCCAAGUAUCGUAAAGCUCAGCAGGAGCUUGAGACAGUUCAGAGGAGCUAAGUAUAUUAUAAUGCCGACAAGAGCCGGACAUGACAUAAGUAAUUCAUAAUAAAUGUCUGAUCACUAAG